CCCCUGAGCGGAGCUUGUCUCCGCCCGUCGGGGGCGGGCUCAGCGGCUCGCUCGGGAUCAUGGCUGCAGCCCCGGCUCUGGCUCCGGCUGCUGCUGCUGCUUCUGCCUCCUCCUUCUCCUCCUCCUCCUCCUCCUUCUCCUCCUCCUCCUCCUCCUUCUUCUCCUUCUCCUCCUUCUCCUCCCCCUCCAUCUCUUCUGCUGCUGCUGCUGCUGCCGCCGCCGCUGCUGCCGGAGGUGGAGGCCACGCUGCGGGCUCGGGGUGACGGCAGCAAAGAGGCGAGGUCCUGACGCCCAGCUCCCGACCAGAGCCGUGGCCCCUCCUGGGCACAGACACUCCUCCCUGGGGCCUAGGCCAGCCAUCCCCUCCAAGGGCCAGAGCAUGGUGGUGAUACUAGCCCUUUGCUCCAUCAUCUGGCUGAAUCGGGGCAUCAAGCUGCGGAAAAGUGGCUAAGCCUCCUGGCCCCGCCCACCCUGCUGACCCUGCCUCGCCCUUUACCCCUGGCCAGACUUCAGAGCUCCACCCCUCCGGCCAUGUGGCCGCUGGCCCACAGCUGAGCUCCUCUCCCCUCCCGGCCGGGCGCCAUGGCCAGCGCCGAGGGCUUCCAGUACCGGGCCCUUUACCAGUACCGUAAGGAGCGCGAAGAGGACCUUGACCUGCUGCCGGGCGACAUCCUUGUGGUGAGCAAGGGCACGCUAGAGGCGCUGGGCUGCAAGGAUGGGGAUGAGCGGAGCCCUCAGCACAUUGGCUGGAUCCUCGGCGUCAAUGAGCGCACCAAGCACAAGGGAGACUUCCCGGGCACCUACGUGCAGUACCUGGGACCUGUGAAGAUCACCCUGCCCUCCCACCGCCCCCGAGGCCACCGGCCACUGCCUGCCACUCCAGGGGCGGGGCCCAUCCGUCCCCGGGACUCACCAGAGCCAGCUGGUGCCCUGCUCCCUGACCUGCCUGAGCAGUUUGUGCCCCCCGAGGUGGCACCACCCAUCCUUCAGAAGUUGGUGGAAGCCAUUGAACGCAAAGGGCUGGACAGCGAGAUUCUUUACAAACCAUCUGGUCCUGAGCUGCGGCCACUGAGAAUUGACUGGACUCUGAGUGAUGUCGACCAGUGGGAUGUGGCCACCCUUUCUGAGGCCCUGAAGGGCUACCUGCAAGCUCUGCCCAGGCCCCUUGUGCCACCUGGAGUCCAUGGGGAUAUUCUUCAUGCCUUGCAAGAGAUAGCCAAUCCAGCUGCAGCGACGGCAACAGUGGGAUGGAGGAGGCAGCAGCUGCAGGCGGUGCUAGAGCCCCCCCUUGUCCCCCUGCACAAUGCCCUGACUCUGCGCUUCCUGCUCCAGCACCUGGGGAGGGUGACCCAGCAGGCCCAGGCCCAAGCCCAGGGAAGCAGCCUAGGCCCCCGGGCCCUCGGGGAGAUCUUUGGACCUCUCCUACUUAGGCUGCCGGCCACUGGGCCUGAGCAGACUCCUGAUUUCUCGGUUCUGUUCCUGGAAAUGCUGCUACAAGAUCAGGAGGAGGAGCAGGAGACACCCCCUCCAGCCCUUCCCCCGAAGCCUCCCAAACCCAAAGUUCAGGCCAGUAGCCUGUCUAAUGGGAGCAGUGCCCCGCUCCAGGAAGCCGAGUGGUAUUGGGGAGACAUCUCCAGGGAAGAGGUGAAUGAGAAACUUCGUGACACUCCAGACGGCACCUUCCUAGUCCGGGACGCAUCUAGCAAGAUCCAGGGCGAAUAUACGCUGACCCUCAGGAAGGGCGGCAAUAACAAAUUAAUCAAGGUCUUCCAUGGAGAUGGAAAAUACGGCUUCUCAGAGCCCCUGACCUUCAGCUCCGUGGUGGAGCUCAUCACCCACUACAGGCACGAGUCGCUGGCCCAGUACAACGCCAAGCUGGACACUCGGCUGCUCUAUCCUGUGUCUAAGCAUCAGCAGGACCAGGUGGUAAAGGAGGACAGCGUUGAGGCGGUUGGAGAACAGCUGAAGGUUUAUCAUCAGCAGUACCAGGACAAGAGCCGAGAAUAUGACCUGCUCUACGAGGAAUACACCCGUACUUCCCAGGAACUGCAGAUGAAGCGGACAGCUGUAGAGGCCUUCAACGAGACCAUCAAAAUCUUUGAGGAACAGGGCCAAAUGCAGGAAAAGUACAGCAAGGAUUACCUGGAACGCUUUCGACGAGAGGGCAACGAGAUGGAAAUUCAGCGGAUCCUGAUAAAUUCCGAGAAACUCAAGUCCCGGAUCUUGGAGAUUCAUGACAGCAAAAGGAAGUUGGAGCAGGACCUACGGGUGCAGGCAGCUGACAAUCGGGAAAUCGACAAACGCAUGAACAGCCUCAAGCCUGACCUCAUGCAGCUGCGCAAAAUCCGGGACCAGUAUCUUGUGUGGCUGACCCAGAAGGGAGCCCGGCAGAAGAAGAUUAAUGAGUGGCUGGGGAUCAAGAACGAGACUGAAGACCAGUAUUCCAUGGUGGAUGAGGAAGAGGACCUGCCUCAUCAUGAGGAGCGGACGUGGUAUGUUGGGAAGAUCAACCGUGGGCGAGCAGAGGAGAUGCUGAGUGGCAAACGGGAUGGCACCUUCCUCAUCCGAGAGAGCAGCCAGAGGGGCUGUUACGCCUGUUCUGUGGUGGUGGAUGGAGACACCAAACACUGCGUAAUCUACAAGACAGUGACCGGCUACGGCUUCGCAGAGCCCUACAACCUGUACGCCUCCCUCAAAGACUUGGUGCUACACUACAAGCAUACGUCCCUGGUCCAACACAACGACUCCCUCAAUGUGACGCUGGCCCACCCUGUGCUGUCACCGCCUCCGCCCGCUCGCUGAGAGGCCUGGCCUCCUGGGCAGGGAGGAAGGAGGGAAGGAAGGAAGGAAGGAUGGAUGGACGGACGGAUGGACAAACUGUGGUGGGGAGGGGGGCUGGAUGCUGCUGCCUUCUCCUGAACCUGAGGCCUGCUGAGGAGCCAUAGCCCCAUACCUCUCACUGCCUGCCCCUGCCCUUGUCCUGGACUUCCCGUGGACAAGGGCACCUGGACCAGUCCUGUGGCUCCCUACAGGAUUUAGGGUCUGAUGGCUGGACCAAGGUGUGUCUGUGUGCGUGUGUGCCCGAAUAUGUGUCUGAACCUCCCCAUUCAUCUCAGCAAGAAGGGGAAGUGUUCUGUCUCUUUCUCAUUAGUCACCCAGACUUGUUCCUGACCCUCCCCCUGGAGGGAUACAGGUGGGUGGCAGAUGGGAUGCUUUGGGGAGGAGAGGAGCCCCCGCACUCACCUCCAGGUAGUUCUGAAGCACGUAGAAGUCCCCAACACCCCCACACCCCUUGGCCCUGUCCACUGGGACAGCAGGGAUUCCCAGGAUGUUUGGAGACUGCCAGAGACCCUAGGGAUCAUCCAGUUCAAUGUGUUUCACAGAUGAGGAAACUGAGCCCCCCACCCCAAGUUGGAAGGGGACUUCAGAGGGCGUCUGGUUCAACUCUUACUUCCCUCUGCUAUAUCCCCGGCGUUCUAGCUUCUGCUUGAACACCUUCAGUGACAUGACACUCACUACUUCCUGCUGCAGAAAGCCGUUCAUUCUACUUUGGAAAGGCUCCACAUGUCCUUUGUCCCAACUGGGAGCCAUCCUGUGAGAAGGGUUUUGAGACUUGAAGCAAGGCUCUCAACGCUCUGCCUACCCCCCCCCCCCAUUGGGACCAUCUGCUGACCCCUGGUGCUAGAACCGAUGGGGCAGAAGGCAGAAGCUAGAAGAGGAAGAACAUCCUAGUUUGUAUCCUGAACCCCAACUCCCCUCCUCCUUGCCCUCAAUAUGGGUGCUGCAGGCAGCCCACCAUGCUUGUGGUCCAGCUUUGUGUCCCAGAUGACAUUGGUGUGCCAGAGGCUCUCUAUAACUGCUGCUCCUCUCCCACCCCUCCCCAAUGCUGUAUAAUCUUGGACAAUUCCCCUGUCCCUUCUGUGCCUCAGUUUCCUGAUCUGUCAGAUGAUGGGGUUUGACUGGAUGAUCCAAGCCAUAGGGACCAGCACCAUCCCCUGUCCCCCUUCUAGGCCAUGGCCUCUCAGAGGCCUUGAGUUGCUUAUUGGGGUAGCUCCUUGGAGUAGCCACAGGGCAGAGACAGAAACAUGCUUCCUGUGUGGGUGGCUGAGAAAGCAGGCCUUACUAUAUGGAUAGAAGGGUAGGAUCUCAGAGCCAGGGAAGAACAAGAUUGUGUGUACCUCUUAUCUGGGAACAUUUCUGAGUGUGCAUGAGUGCACGUGUGUGCGUGUGCAUGUGUGUGUGUGUGGUGAGCAUGACCAAGGUCACCUUCCUUAUGGGUCACACACCUCCUGGUUGCUUUGAUCCCCCUGUUAAGCCUACAACAGGAGGUCAAAGCCAUUAUGCCCAACCCACAAUCCCCACUCAUUCUCCUCACUCAGUUGGUCCUUUAGACCUUGGAACAAAAGCAGGAUCCCAUCCUAGCCACCUGGGCAUAAGGUCAUAGGUGCCUGGAGCAGAGACCAGAACUGAGGCUCCUGCCUAGGAGUCUGGGUCCUGCAGUCUCCCCCACACUGCCUUUGGGAGCCAAGAGCCAUCCCCCUCCUCUCCUCCUUCUAAGCCACUUAAAGUCUUCCUGCCCCACACUGCAAGCCCAGACUCAUAAAUAAGCCAUAGAACGGGGUGGGGGUGGAGGCAGAGGCUCUGGGCCCCAACCACCUCCCUUCUUCCCCCAAAUCCCACAGACCAUGCACCAGGGGCAGCCAAGUGGAAAUAUGCUGCCUCCAGCUCAUUCUGGGGUUAAAAAUUAAAAGGGGACUUACCAUAAGGUUGGGCCCUCUCUGUGGGCCUCCUUUCCCUAUGUUGGGAGGCCUGUGGGCUUGUUUCUGGACUAGCCCGUUUUGGGGAGUGGGUGUUUUUGUUUAAACUCUUGACACCACAGGAUGGUACUGUAAGAGUUCCCUCCAAACCAGGGAGGGCCCUGAGCCAGCUGCCCUUGGGCAGGCCAUUGUAAAAUUACUUCCAUCCCUGCCUUGGGAGUGUGAGUGGAGGCUGGGGUUGGGGUGGGGGACACAGCUUAACUUCCCUUCUCAAGGAGCCAGGUUUAUGGAGAACUGAAACUUUCACUUGAAGCCCGUGGCUUUAGUUGUGACCGGGGAGCAUGGAGUUCCCCCAGGAAGUCAGCCAUAGCUUCAUUUCUCUUUUAGCCCCACCAAGACCUCCCCACACCCCAAACAUCCUCUUUUCUAAUAUAAGCUAGCUAGGUUUGGCUGUUUACAACUUUCAGACUGGUCCUACAGGCUGAUGCAGCCUUCUCUUCCCUCCUUAAUCCCCUUGGGAUCGGGGUGCCUGCCUAGCCUAGCCCCCUUGGGUAAGAUUACCUUUACUCCCCUUCCCAGGGGCCUCUGGGUGGAUGCUAGGGAGAUAUACCACCAACCCCACUCCACCCCCAGGAGAAAAUGAUUAUACCUGGGGCCCAGGCAGCCUCUGGUGGGCAAUUCUUGGGAUUUUUUUUUUUUUUUGGCUUUUCUUAAUUGUGGUUGGUUUUGUUUUGCUUGUUUUUAAAGGAUAAACUUUUUUUUUUACUUUCAAAGUUGGAAGGAGGGCUGUUUGGGGGAAGAUUAGAUAUGCAAUAAAUGCUUAGCUGGCA